AUGGGAGAUAUCAGCGAGAGCAAGGCUGCGGAAACCACGGGAUCCAUGACGAUUGCCUGCGGACUUUGUAGGGCCAAGAAACAAAAAUGCGACCGUAAAACACCCGUGUGCUCCCAGUGCGCAGGCGCACCAGACAAGUGCCAUUACCCCGAACAAAACAGGAGAGGACUUCCAGCAGGUUACCUGAAUUCCCUGGAGAAGCGGCUCCUAGACACGGAGCGAGCAUUGUUCUUUGCCCUUUCCGAGAUUCAUGCCGGAUCGGUCGAGCAAGGCAGGUAUUCCGAUGCCGGUCGACGGUUCAUGAAGCCAUCGUCACAGUCCAAGACCGAACUGGUGCAAGGAUGGACUCAAUUUCCGUUGGAGACUCGCGAUGAGGCGAGGUCUUGGUUUCUGGAUAAGCAGCAUGGCGCCAGCCUAGUAGCAGCAGCACCACCACCCGGAGCAGCACCAGCAGCGAGCGGUGUUGUCCCUUCACUUGGCAUGAGCAGCCAUGCACGCGGAUCGGCCUCCCUCGACACUACGUCGACGGAAAAUGAGCCCUGGCCAGUUGGCAUCAGCGUACCGGCAGCCUCGGCACAAACUCCUGACUCUUCGUUUGACCUGGGGGUGACGCAUCAUGUCAGCCCUCAAGGACCUUGGGGGGCGUUUGGCAUCGAAACUCCGGGCAUUCAACAGAACAACCUCAUGAUGGGCCAGCCCGUGUAUCAACAGCAUCAGAGUGCAUCUCCCGCGACGAGCGACACAAGAUCUAUGCCGGGACAGCUUCCAGAAUCAUCAACAAGAGCACGCCAUCAGGGUAGAGCGAGUAUAUUUGCCAAGGAUAACGAAAAUAUAUAUUUCUGA